AAUUCUAAGCCGCGCUCCCCGCCACAGGACCGUAGCUGCCUCCGCUCUCCGUCUCUGGUUCCCCUCGGCCCAUGCUGAGCCCGUGAGAAGCUGGCCACUCCUCAUUGAUUCCAACGACGAUCAGCCAGCACCCUUUAAACAUGGUUCGCAAUCCGUUCAAAGGCCGCGACCAGGUCCCAGAGGAGACUCCGGAAGCCAUGGGCGAGCCAAACAAGUUUGUUCAGGCGUGGAGGAAGGUCAGGGCAGUAGGCUUGGAUCCAGAGCUACUCUUUCAAAAGACAAGACCUCCGCCUGCUCCGAGAACAAUUUUCUUCAAUGAGCCGCUGCCCGCUGAGUAUUUCGAUCACAAGGGCAAACCGCUCAAGUCGGUCACCUAUGCUACGAAUCAGGUCCUCACUGCAAAGUACACCGUCUACAACUUCAUCCCCAAGAAUCUCUUCGAGCAGUUCCGUCGAGUGGCCAACAUCUUCUUCUUGAUCCUGGUCAUCCUGCAAUUCUUUCCCAAGUUCGCUACGAUCAAUCCAGUCUUGGCCAUGCUGCCCUUGCUCGCCGUCCUGGCCAUCACAGCCCUCAAGGACGGCUACGAAGACGUCAAGCGACAUCAGUCGGACCGAUACCUUAAUCGCCAACAGGUGCGCGUUAUGACCGCCCACAACUGGAUCAACCCUAAUGUGAUGGAGGAGAAGGAGCGAUCCGUCUCAGCGAUCUGGAACGGGCUGCGGUACAAGUGGCUCGGAGGCAAAAAGAAGCAGAGCCAGCGUCUCGCAAAGGAGUUCGAACGCAGGCAAGCGUCUGCUGCUCAGAACCCUGAAGCGGUCGUUGGCACGCCGAGGGCCUCGACAGCAGAUGGGCCAGGAGGACCGGCACCUGAGACACUGCCAACGACGAAUGCUGCUGCGCCUGGUCAUCAUCGCUCAGCCAGCGAUGCUCCGUCAACGCCGGGUCUCGGACAUACCCUCAGCAGGGCGAGUACGAGCUUCGGCGGACCCAACAGAUCGUCGACAAUGGGAGUCGGAAGCAUGUACGAGGGCUACGAGACGACGCCCGAGGGACGCGUGAUGCGCAAUGGCGUCUUGCUCACGCCGGAGGAGGAGACGAAAUACCACGCAAAGAAGGCGCCGCGUUGGAAGAAGAACAUGUGGGAGGACCUGCGUGUGGGCGACUUUGUGCUCAUCAAGAAUGACGAGCCCAUCCCGGCCGAUGUGAUCAUCUGCGCCACGUCAGAAGAGGAGGACUCUUGCUUCAUUGAGACAAAGAACCUCGACGGCGAGACGAACCUCAAGUCUCGUCAUGCCGUGCCCGAGCUAGCUACGAUGAUCAGAACGGCAGGCGAGGCGGCGCAAGCUGCGAUGCGCGUCGACUCGGAGCCGCAGGACACCAACAUGUACCGCCUCAACGCGAGCGUGACACUCGCGGACCGAUUUGACCAGGAGGGCAACCCGAUGCGCUGCCCCGUUACGCUCAACCAGAUCCUCCUGCGAGGCUGCAACCUGCGCAACACCAAAUGGGUCGUUGGUCUUGUCCUCAUGACCGGCGUCGACACGAAGAUCAUUGCCAAUUCGGGUAAUACACCGUCUAAGCGUUCAAGGGUGGAGAGACAGAUGAACCCCAUGGUCUACGUCAACUUGCUCAUCCUCGCAUGCAUGGCCGUCGGCUGUGCGAUUGCCGACUCGCUGAUUGAGGUCCAUUACUUCGGCCUCAACGCCUACUGGGAGUUCGCGGCCACUCGCUCCGACGACAACCCGCGGAUCAACGGCCUCGUCACCUUCGGCAAUGCACUGAUCACCUUCCAGAACAUCGUGCCCAUCUCACUCUACAUCUCCAUCGAGGUAGUCCGUACCAUUCAGGCGUACUUCAUCUUCGACGACGCCGAAAUCUACUACGAGAAGACCAACAGGAGAACCACAGCUCGAUCCUGGAACUUGUCCGACGACUUGGGUCAGAUUCAGUACAUCUUCUCAGACAAGACCGGUACGCUCACGCAGAACCUAAUGCUCUUCCGCGAGUGCGCGAUCGGGGGCGUUGUUUACCGCGGCGAUCCAGGCAGUCAACAGCCGCAGAUGAAAGCGUCUGGAUCCGCGGACCACAGCCUCAACGAAAAGGCAGGCGCGUCCUCGCCGUCUGGCACUGACGUCGAGAGCGGCUCGGGGCACGAGGCUGGUGGCAAGACCGGUCGCAUGAGGGUCAAGCCGUCCGCAGAUGGAGAGCCCUUCAAGGAUGCGCAACUUCAGAACGCGCUCAAGGACCCUCACUCGACGCACGGCGAGCAGCUCGGUCGCUUUUGGCGCUGUCUCGCUCUCUGCCACACUGCGCUGGCCUCGACGAGCGAUGGCAUGAUCGACUACAAGGCGCAGAGCCCCGAUGAGCAGGCUCUGGUCCAAGCGGCCGCAGAAACUGGCUUCGUUUUCCUCGGUCGCGACCGCUCCACUCUCUCACUGCAGGUACCCGGCUCGAGCGAGAUUGAGAAGUAUGAGCUGCUCAGCGUCCUGGAGUUCACCUCGGCGCGAAAGCGUAUGAGUGUCAUCCUGCGCCGCCAUGCGGACUCGAAAAUCCUCGUCUUGAGCAAGGGAGCGGACAGCAUCAUCUUUGAGCGCUCCGCUGCGGGCCAGGACGACAUCAAGGCCAACACGGACGAGGCUCUGGAAGAGUUCGCCAACAAGGGGCUGCGCACGCUCUGCCUGGCGGGCAAGGAGCUGACGGAGGAGAGCUACAAUGAGUGGGCCUUCCGCUACCACGACGCCAGCGUUGCACUGGAACGUCGUGAGGAGAAGAUGGAGGAUCUCGCCAGCGAGCUGGAGCGUGAUUUCCUCUUGUACGGCGCGACGGCCAUCGAGGACCGUCUGCAGGACGGUGUACCGGAGACGAUUGCCGACCUCAAGCGCGCAGGGAUCAAUGUCUGGGUGGCGACCGGAGACAAGCUCGAGACGGCCAUUGCUAUUGGGUACAGCACGCAGCUCCUCGCGCAGGACAUGAACUUGAUUGUCGUGCGUGGAGGGGAGUACGGUGCACCCAACUCGGCUUACGAGCAGCUCAAGAGGGCUGUGGAGCGCUUCUUUGGUGGGCAUGAGGCUCUGGCGCAGAUGAAGCAUCAGCCGCCAGACAGCGAGAAUGAACGACGCAAUUCGAGCAGGUUCAGUCUGGGUGGCAGGCCGUCCCUGCAGGGAAGGCGAUCACACUCGCACAGCCGCAGCUCUAUCAGCAACCAGUCACUUGUCGGCGCCGAUAAUGGUCAACGUGCUGGUGGCUACGCUCUCGUCAUUGAUGGCACUGCGCUGGGCCACGCGCUAUCGGAGGAUUUCUCCAAGGACCUCCUGCUCAGCAUCUCGACGCAGUGCAAGGCCGUCAUCUGCUGCCGUGUCUCACCGCUCCAGAAAGCCCUUAUCGUUCGUCUGAUCAAGGACGGACUAGGCGUCAUGACCCUCGCUAUCGGCGACGGGGCCAACGACGUCUCUAUGAUCCAAGCGGCGCACGUCGGUAUCGGUAUUGCAGGAGAAGAAGGUCUUCAAGCCGUCAACUCCUCCGACUACGCCAUUGCGCAAUUCCGUUUCCUCAAGCGCCUUUUGCUCGUGCACGGCCAUUGGUCCUACUGGCGCAACGGUCUGAUGAUUUCCAAUUUCUUCUACAAGGAGAUCAUCAACAUCUCCUACCUCUUCUUCUACCAAAUCUACUGCGCCUGGUCUACAACCUACGCAUUGGACUACGUCUACAUCUUGCUCUGGAACGCCUUUUGGACGGUCGCGGCGGUCAUCGGUGCGGGUAUCUUCGACCGCCCCAUCUCGGACCGCAUCCUCAUGGAGGUGCCAGAGUUAUACCGCCGCUCGAGGGAGAACAGGUACUUCGGCCUGACCCCCUUCGGCUGGUGCAUGAUCGACGGUGUCUACCAAGGCGUGGUGAUGCUCUUCUUCAUCCUCUACACGUACAAUGUCACCUCCGCCCGAGGGGAUGGAUACGACGUGCCUCUCUACGAGUGGUCGACCGUAAUCGCCUACGCAUCUGUCCUGUGCGCAAACCUCUUCACGGGGAUCAACGUCCGAGCGUACACAUGGUGGAUGGUCUUCGCCAUUGCGCUCGGCCCAAUCCUGUUCAACAUCUUCGCCCCCGUCUAUGCAGCCUUCAGCCCGACGACGAUCUGGACCUACUCAUACGGCAACAAUCAAUUCCUCUAUCCGUCCUUCCUCUUCUGGAUGGCAGGCAUCUUCGCAAUCGUCCUCGCUCUCCUGCCCCGCGUCAUCUUCCGCUUCGUUCAGGAGAGCUACUACCCGAACGACAUUGAUAUCCUGCGAUACGUGGAUAAGCGCGAUCCCAACCACGACUAUGUGCACGACCCCAACAUGCCGACAAUGCGCAGCCGCGCCAAGUACGCGGAGGGCAACAACGGCAACGUGCCAGGUGGUGCGCCCUUGGUGCCUGCUUCGUCUUCGGAGCAUCACCAUCGUCUGUACGCCGAUCAGGAGGCAGGCGAGGGCGGUACCGGUGCUUUGGACCCGCCCAAUGCCUUGGCAAUGCACGAGCUUCGUCCAACGCAGUCUCGCGCCUCUUCCAGGCACUACGACAUGUUGACGGGCACCGAUCGACCGUCUAGGGGAUACUCGUUCAGCCACGAGGACCUUCCGCCGUCGCAGAGGCCGGGCAGGCAACACGCAAAGAGGGGCGGUACGCUCAGGAGGUUGUUGAUGCCGACCAUCCCUGGCUCGCUGAAGAGGCGCGGUUCCUCGAUGAAGAGGAACAAGGCGCAGAGGGAAGCGGCUGCUGCUGGCGCUGGAGCUGGUGCUGGCGCCGCGGGAGCAGGAGUCGCUGCCUCGGCCUUGAGACCCGUCGAGGAUGAAGACGACGAUGACGAGCAGCACGACGAAGCGGCAGCGCACGCUCGCCGAGGUCCAGAGAACGAUGUAGAAGAGGAAGCGGACCCUGACCCAGACUCGACGGACUACGCUGACGCGCGCUCGGGCGCACACGCAGACGCAGACGAUACCAAUGCUGAGGUGGACAGAGUGCUUGGUGGAGCUAUGGCUGCCGGGACGACUUCGACAUCGAGAUGACCGGUCGGCCUCUCACGAACUCUGUAGAUAAUCUAUCCUUCUCUUCCCACUCCUUACCCACCCUCCCCCAUCCAUCUAUCUAUCAGGCUUCUCGAUCAUGCUACCUCGGUUGCUCUACCCGCUCUUU